GGUAUUGACCUUUUCUCUACUGAGGAAAUAAUUUGGACCACCAAGGUCAAGGCCCACCUCUUGAGAUCUUUUAAAGAACUUGUGACCAAUAAAAACCUUGCCAAAUAUGGUUUUGGAUCCCCUGUUAAGAAGCUUUCCUUUGGUUCUAUUGAGAUGGUCCCUGACCAAGAACUAAUCAAGAAGACUAUUGAGGAGAGGAAAUGA